AUGGAGAAUGAUUUUAAAACUGACUCAUCAUCAUCUACCUUUGCUCUUCAAAGUUCUUCAGAGACAUUGUUUUCUAUUCAGCUAUUAGAUUUCAGAACAAGUUUACUGGAAGCUUUGGAAGAAUUACGUAUUCGAAGGGAAGCAGAAAUUCAAUAUGAAGAGCAGAUUGGUAAAAUUAUUGUGGAGACACAAGAACUUAAAUGGCAAAAUGAAACUCUUCAGAAUCAAAAGGAAACUUUAGCAAAGCAACACAAAGAAGCAAUGGCAGUUUUUAAAAAGCAGUUACAACUGAAGAUGUGUGCCUUGGAAGAAGAAAAGGGAAAAUAUCAACUUGCUACAGAAAUAAAAGAAAAAGAAAUAGAAGGAUUGAAGGAAACAUUAAAAGCAUUACAGGUUUCUAAAUAUUCUUUACAGAAGAAAGUGAGUGAAAUGGAACAAAAAGUCCAGUUACAUCUUCUGGCUAAAGAAGAUCAUCAGAAGCAACUGAAUGAAAUUGAAAAAUACUAUGCCACAGUAACGGGACAAUUUGGAUUAGUAAAAGCGAAUCAUGAAAAGUUAGAACAAAAUGUACAGGAAGCAAUACAGUUAAACAAAAGACUUUCAACUUUAAAUAAAAGACAAGAAUCUGAAAUAUGCAGUUUAAAAAAGGAACUAAAGAAAGCAACCUCAGACUUGAUAAAGUCCAAAGUCACAUGGCAACAUAAGAUGGGAGAAGAAAACAUCAAUUUAACAAUUAAAGAACAAAAAUUUCAGGAACUUCAAGAAAGACUCAACAUGGAAUUGGACUUAAAUAAGAAGAUUAAUGAAGAGAUUACCCAUAUUCAAGAAGAAAAACAGGAUAUCAUCAUUUCUUUUCAACAUAUGCAGCAGUUACUCCAGCAACAGACUCAAGCUAAUACUGAAUUGGAAGCAGAAUUGAGGUUGCAAAGAGAAAAUAAUCAGACCCUUGAAAGAGAUAAUGAGCUGCAAAGGGGGAAGGUAAAAGAAAAUGAAGUAAAGUUCCUUAAUCUUCAAAAUGAGCAUGAGAAAGCACUGAGAACUUGGAAAAAGCAUGUUGAAGAACUUAAUGGAGAAAUUAAUGAGAUUAAAAAUGAGUUAUCAUCACUUAAAGAAACUCAUAUUAAGUUACAAGAACAUUACAAUGAAUUAUGUGAUCAGAAGUUUGAGGAAGACAGGAAGUUCCAGAACCUUCCAGAAGUAAAUACUGAAAACAGUGAAAUGUCAAUGGAAAUAUCACAAAACAUAGAGAAAUAUAAUUCUGGGCAAGAAAUAAGGGAAGAAAAUACUGUGAGUUUCUAUUUAGAUACUGAAUAUCAAGAAAAGGAGGAAAAGAAAGAAGAUCCACUUACAGAAGAAAUCAUUAUAGAAGAUUUACAGCAUAUUGAAAAGAUCUCCAAGAAUGAAAUUGAUACUACUGUACCUCAAGACGAAAAUCAAAGCAAAAUCUCCCUAAGCAAAACCCUCUGCACAGAAAAAAAAUUAAUUAGUCAAGGACAAACCUUGAAUAUUACAGACUUUAGAAAAGCAGUUACUACAAAAAUAAAAGACAAGGUGGGCCUGGAAAAAGACAAUGGGUGUACAGAAUUUAAAUCACCAAAUAAUUCUUUUUUAGUGGCAGAUAUAUCAAUAGAAACAGAGAACAUACACACAGAAAGAACUGAAGGAUUCAAUGUUCACUGUUCAGAUUUACAUCUGGAAGUUGAAAGUAACAGAACAUCAUUUAACAGUGUCUUAAAUGAGAUGGCUAACAGUACAAAUCAUAAAAAAGGUGUUUCUGAACAACAGUUCAGAUUGCUUCCAGGGACUCAAGAAAAUAUCACAAAGAAGGAAAUUACAAAUAGUGACCAAACCAAAACAGAUUUGGAUUCAUCUCUGGAUGUAAAAAAGAAUCCUGUUCAGUGUCAGAAAUACAGUUUGCGUGAGUCAAGUAAUGACAGCUUAGAUGACAAACAGUGUGAAACAGAACAAAUACAAUUGUUAAAUAAAAAAAAUGAGUGCAGUACAUUGCCAUUUAAACAAACUUCAGAGAAACCUGAACGAACUAUUCCCUGUGAUGUUGCAAUCAACCAUCCCGGUUCAUCUGCUGUUUUCAGUGAUAAUUUGAAAGUAUUUCUUAAGAAUUCAGAUAAAAAUGUGAAUAUUAUACCUGUGUUGGCGAAACCCAACUCAAGCCCUGGGAAAAGAGCUGCAUGUAAAAAUCUGAAUGACACACAAAACAGUCCAUUUAAGAACUGUUUGGGAUAUUUAGAAAACAAUGUGAACAUUUCCCAUCUUCAAGUUAACAAUGAGAGUGUACAUGCUUCACAAGCCAAAGACUUGAAAACUGCUGUUCACAUGAAAACUUCCACAGAAGUACAGUUUUCCAACAAAGAGAGUCAUGUGGAUGAGAAUCAGUUAACUGAAGCCACAAAAAAUGACCUUUUCCUGUUUGUGGAUGUUAAUGAAAGACAGCAUACAUUGUUAAAUAAUACUGAGAAAACAGAGUCAUUAAAAGACAUCGUUUUAGGAAAAAUUUACAGUGAAGGACAGCUAGAAGAAUCAUGUUCUUUUCACAUAAAGCCAUCUGGAGAUUUAGUAAACAUAAGUGGAAAGUCAGCCUUUGAUCUUUCAACUUCAGAUAAAAAAACUGAGAAAACUGCAGUAUAUGUGAAUUUUUUAGACCCCAGUCCUCGGUCAAAAGUAAAUCAAACUGAAAGUCAAACGGCGAGCACUUCAACUUCUGGCAUUCCCUUGUUGCUGCACGAGAGACCAAUAGGACCAUCAGAAAACAAAAAGAUUGUUUCAAUGACACUUUGUAAAAAUGUGGGUGUGGAUGAUGUCAGAAAGAGUAUUGGGCCAGAUACUACCAGCAUUAACAGAGUUGCUGACACUUUGAAUAACUCCACUAUCCAUCCAGAUCCCAAGGGAGAGCCCAGUGAAGAGAGGAAUGCAAUUGCAAAGGCUUUUUAUGAUUCUUCUUUUCCCACAGAACAUGUGAAAAUAAAGCCUCUGAAAUCAAAUCUACAAAGCCAUGUUCAGGCUCUCAAGAUUAAAGAUACUACUGAUUUAACUGAGUCUUCUACUGGUGAAGGCGACUGGCAGAGCCUGAUAACAAAUCAAAUCAAAGAGAUCGAAAAGUUCCUAACCUUAGAAAAUGACAACCAAUCUAAAAAAAGAAAAGCAGAAGAGAUGUUGGAAAAAACAGAUUAA